AUGAAGUCGUCGAGAAGGCAUUUGGAGUUGCAGGGUCCAAGGCCUGCACCUCUUAUGGUGAGCAAGAAUUCACAGAAGGUGAUGAAGAAGAAGCCAGUCGUAGUAUAUCUCAUCUCUCCCAAGAUUAUUCACGUCCAACCUGAAGAGUUUAUGGGUUUGGUUCAACGGCUCACUGGCAACAAUAAUAAUCAAGGUUAUCGAGCAUCCAAGGUUAGUAACAAUAGGGUUGCUAAUUCUCUGUCUUGCUCUUCUUGUUCCACCACUUCUUGUUCGAUCAACCAAGAAGCUUUCGUGAAGGAGAGCCUAGAGAAGCACAACAAUAAUAGGGCAGAUGAGUUCUAUGGUGAUCGUGUGCCUUUUGGAAUACCUACUACAACAACUUCCAACUUUGCCGAAAAAUUCUAG